AAGAAGGGAAGAUGAAGCUGGUCGUUCUUGUGCUUUUGGGCGUGGUCCUCGUUGCCAUGGCAAUGGAUGAAGAACAGAAGCGGUGGCGCUGGGGACAGGACGCGUCCAUGAUUUCUCGGAUGUCGUCCCCCCAGUACUACUGGUUUAGGAACAGGAGAGGGGGGGACGUGUGUGUGAGCAGCUGGGAGAAGUGUGAGUUCUGCCAGUGUUCCUGCUGCAGCAAGAAGUGUCUCCGCACGUGGACGCCCAUGCAGCGCGGGAUUGACGUCACUGGUUGGUGUGUCCCGGAUGACUGGGAGUGUGACGUCACCGAAAACUCCCUUCUCGCCAAAUGCGUCACGACCCUGUGAAGUCACGUGAUCGCACGUCUGUAGGCGUUCUACGCAUGCGUCCCGAACUUUCAUGUCAUAUCUCAUGAAAGAUACAAACAAAAUGAAGCCUAGUUUCAUUCGACCCUCACAUGAAGCACCAUAGCUAAUAGUACGUAGACUUCCCUCAGAUAAUGUUCCUGAAAUUCAUUACACGAUCAACGACGUAAGUUGUAAAUGUACCGUCAGGCACAUGCUGUACCAUAGAAGUCCGCUAGGAGGCGAGAGCAACGUUUUACAGAAUGAAAUUUAGACUAUCCUUGUAGAAACAGACCCCCUCUCCAAAACAAUAAUUUAACGUUUAUGUAUUUGCACGCAUAUAGUUGUAAAUGUACCGACAGACACUUGCUGCACCAUAGAAGUCCGCUAGGAGGCAACAGCAACGUUUUACAGAUUGGCAUUUAGACUACCCUGAAACAGACCCCGCUCCUCAAACAAUAAAAAGAAAAUGCAUGGAAAUUCAACGUUUACGUCGUACCAUGAUUAAACUUCGGUACACUGAAUCUAUAUUUGCAUGUUCAUGACCACGGGGCUAAAUGCAUACAUCAGAGUAUGACGUUACAUGUAUAUCAUACUAAGUAACAUAAUACAUAGGCCUAGGAUAGAAGGAUAAAAGCAUAUAAACAAUUAGAAAAUAAGAAGGCUUAUUUGUUCACACUAUAACGUUCUCAUGAUUGAUUGUGUUCUUUUAUUCCUACACAAGAAGGCUGAUAUGUGUUAGGUGAUAAAUAUCAUCGGGCAAUAAAAACUCUUCUCCAGACAUGGCUAUGGUGUCAGUGAUUUUUGGCGACGUCUCAGGGAGGAGCCCAAUGGUACAGUAUUGUGUGCAGUUUGCAAGAAUUCUAGGAAUGGUACAGACAUUUUGUCCACAGGAAUGGAAUGUCCACAGGCAUGUCUCUGACCCACAU